CGGGUAGGACACAGCAGUUCCGUCGGCUGCCGAAUCACAACGUCUGAGUUCACGCGCCAAAACUGAGUAAAGCUUAAAUAAAGCAUGGAGGUGAAACUGGACGGACCGCUCCGGAAAGAGCUCGCCGACUCGGUCUCCUCCUGCCGGGUGCUGGUGGUCGGAGCGGGCGGUAUCGGCUGCGAGCUGCUGAAAAAUCUCGUCCUGACCGGCUUUAAAAACAUCGAAGUGAUCGACCUGGACACCAUCGACGUGAGCAACCUGAACCGGCAGUUCCUCUUCCAGAAGAAGCACGUCGGGAAAUCCAAAGCGCAGGUUGCCAAAGAGAGCGCGCUGCGCUUCUGUCCUUCUGCGAACAUCACGGCGUAUCACGACAGCAUCAUGAAUCCAGACUACAACGUGGAAUUCUUCAGGAAGUUCCAGCUGGUUAUGAACGCUCUGGAUAACCGGGCGGCCAGGAAUCACGUGAACAGGAUGUGUCUGGCUGCAGAUGUUCCCCUGAUCGAGAGCGGGACGGCGGGAUACCUCGGGCAGGUCACCGUCAUCAAGAAGGGGGUGACGGAGUGCUACGAGUGUCAACCCAAACCCACGCAGAAGACUUUCCCUGGCUGCACCAUCCGUAACACCCCGUCCGAACCCAUCCACUGCAUCGUCUGGGCCAAAUACCUCUUCAAUCAGCUGUUUGGAGAGGAGGAUGCAGAUCAGGAGGUUUCCCCCGACACGGCCGACCCCGAGGCUGCAUGGAACCCUGAGGAAACUGCAGCACGAGCCCAAGCUUCGGAUCAAGACGGAGAUAUCAAACGCGUCUCUACUAAACAGUGGGCUCGCUCUACGGGCUACGACCCCAUCAAACUCUUCAACAAGCUUUUUAAAGAUGACAUCAUGUACCUGCUGACCAUGGACAAGCUGUGGAAGAAGAGGAAAGCGCCUGUCCCGCUCGACUGGUGUGAAGUGCAGCAGCUGGUGAGCGGUCAGGACGAGGUGUGUGUCACAGGGCUAAAGGAUCAGCAGGUUCUGAGUGUUUCGGGUUACUCUCAGCUCUUCCAGCACAGUGUCGAGACGCUCCGCUCACAGCUGGCCGACAAAGGUGACGGAGCUGAGCUGGUCUGGGACAAGGACGACCCCCCGGCGAUGGACUUUGUGACGGCGGCGUCUAACCUGCGCAUGCACAUCUUUAGCAUGAACAUGAAGAGUCGCUUCGACGUUAAAUCUAUGGCCGGCAACAUCAUCCCAGCCAUCGCCACCACCAACGCGGUCAUCGCGGGGCUCAUCGUGCUCGAGGCGCUCAAGAUCCUCAGCUCCGACAUCCAGCAGUGUCGCACGAUCUUCCUGAACAAGCAGCCGAACCCCAGGAAAAAGCUCCUGGUACCGUGUGCGCUGGAUCGCCCCAACCCCAACUGCUACGUGUGCGCCAGCAAACCUGAAGCCACAGUUAAACUCAAUGUGCACAAAGUCCUGGUACAGACUUUACAGGAUAAGAUCCUUAAGGAGAAGUUCGGCAUGGUGGCACCGGACGUGCAGAUCGAGGACGGCAAGGGGACGAUCCUUAUCUCUUCAGAGGAAGGAGAAACCGAAGCCAACAACAGCAAGCUCUUAUCAGACUUUGGGAUUCGGAACGGCAGCCGACUUCAAGCUGAUGAUUUCCUGCAGGAUUACACACUCCUGGUCAACGUAGUGCACUGUGAGGAAAUGCCGAAGGAUGUCGAGUUUGAGGUUGUGGGCGAUGCCCCUGAGAAAGCUCCACACACGAGUGCUCCAGAACAAGAGAAGAACAUCACCAAUGGCAACAAGGACUCCGCCCAGCCAUCUACCUCAACAAAAGCGGUGGCCGAAGAGGACGACGACGUUCUCAUCGUAGACUCAGAUGAGGAACCUUCCUCCAGCACCAUGGACGUUUCCACGGAGACCAGCGGCCUCAAGAGGAAGCUCCAGGACUCUGAUACGAGCGAAGCGGCGCCCAAACGCAAACGCCUCGACCCUCAGCCGGCUGAAAACGAUGACAUCAUCGCCCUAGACUAGGGCAUCCUGUCGUCUUCCCCUUCGCUCAGAGGGACUUCUUCUAUUUGUAUUGUUCAUACUGUUCCCAUUAACAACCUGGUGUAAAUACAUGUGUACAAAAAAACGCUGAGCGCUGCAUCUAUGUCUUUUUUCUUUUUUUUUUUUUUUUCCCAGAACAAAAGGACUCAGACUCUCUUAUCCAAAACUGUUCUCAGAUUGUUUUCAGAAAUGCUUUUGAUGAAAAUCUUUCAGAGAAAGCAUUAAGGUUAUUACGAUGUAUUUGCUGUUCGGAGGGAUAAGAGGCCGAAGGAAACGCCUUGUUGGUUUAAUCAUCAAUGUUGAAGACCUUCCAUAUUUAUUAUAUUUUAUGGACUUGCAGAAACGACCAGAUGCAGGGGUUCAUUUAACAGUAUUUUUUUUUCCCCCUUGUUUAAGUCUGUCCAGUAAGCUUCUCUUUCCAACAUAAAAUGUUUUUGUUUAUUCAUGUUUUUUAAUACAAUUUGAUGGCAGUUAUUUAUUCUCCCUA